CUCUGCUUUCAAUGCUCAAACUUGGCCGUGUCUCUGUAUUCGGUCGGUUGUGUGUCUGUAUGUCUCACGCUCGAAAAGAAACACUCAUGUUUUCCGCCUUCUUGGUCCUCUGGGAUGAACGCUGACUAGAACUGGUACACAUCACCGGUCGCCACCCCGACAGCUGUGCUGGUCCUGCAAGGGACAAAGAGACACGAGAGGGAUUCACGUGCAAACCGUUCACAUCCACCCCGAUUCACUUGAACAUGAUUUUCGUGGGGUUCGCCUUGAUGAUGAUCAAGGAAACGGAGCCCCCAUCAUUCGUCGGCACCAACACCUGCACAAACACACACAUUGUGUGAUUGACAAGGCACGCAUACAUACAUACAUACACAGACAUAUGAAUGAAUGAAUGAAUGGGACCUCGGAGAUGCUGAGGUCGUCCACCUUGAUCGUCGACGGAUCGGUCCAGACCAGGAAGCCGAACAACUGAGCCCCCAUCUGGCUAGCCGAAAGCAGCGCCUUGUCCUCGUCAGUCAUGUUCUCUUCGUCGAAGGUUUCCUUGAUGAACGUGUCGGAGAAUUCCUUGCACGACAUACAGCUGGGAGGACUACGACACGUUUUGUAGCCUUCGCAGAACGGGGAGCCACCAUCCUGCAUGAAAAAGGCAUGUUCUGAGGGCGUAUAUCUACUAUGGGUGCAUGACCGCCAGUUCGAUUCCGGUGAAUUUCCUGGUCCACUGACAGACAAAGUCGAAGGAGGAGAGGCAUACGGUGUGCACAGCUGGAUGAAUCAGUCGGCCAGCCAGCCAGCCAGCCAGCCAGCAGUGACUUACGGCAAUCUUGUUGCCAGAGGUGGCGUCGUAGAUAGUGAUGAUGAGCUUGUCGUUGCCCUGUGGAGAUACAAAGGUGGAGGACACUGCAUGGUUUGUGCCUUCCCUCCCCCCACGCACCAUCACGCCAUUCAUCCAACGCAUCCGAAUUAUGUAUGUCUCUGUGCACUGCAGUAAGUACCUCGCCGAGAGGAUGAGUGAAGCCAGGCUCCUCGGGCUUGGCCGGAAACUUCGCCUCUGGAGCUUCAAGUUUCCCCUCGGGCAUGGUGAGGACACACUUCGCCCAGCCCUUCUGGGUCUCGAAGCCUGUUCAGUGGAUAACAAAGGAGGAUUAUAUCCUGAGAUUGCUUUCAAAUUCUCAGCCUACAAAGGACGCGGUUCAGCCUAUGCUCGGUGUCGCUCUCAGGUUUGGGGUCGCCCUUCUGCAUACAGAAUCAUACAUACUGCCGAUCACCUUGCUACCAGCUUGCUGACCAGAUUAACCGAAAUCACAGCCGCUCGGUAGCGGGGCUUGGCCUUGGAGAGCGUCUUGAUGUAAUUCGCUUUCUUGGCAAAGGGACUUUUUCUCAGCGUGAAACGGACUUCGGUGUGGGCUGGAUGAAUGUCAUCAGAUGCCUCAGAUGACUCAGCGGACCCUCCUGUGAGACACCAAUGGGCCUUUGCUGCCUCGCGUGAGAGCGUGACUCAACCUCGGCAAGCAAACUCGCCUAUUCGGUCGCAAAUCGCCGUCGAGAAUGGUUCAUCUUCUGACAAUCAAAAUGCCUUUAUUUCUCCAUGGAGUCACUCUUUCAUCGGUCCGCUCUUUCACAGAGGGGUGCUUCAUGUGUCUUGCGGUCAUUUCGAGCCAUGAGUGGUCGGCCCGAAUGGCUGAUUUGAGUCUGUUUGUGAGUUGCUUGGCUUAUGCGGUUCAUUUUGCUUGUGAUC